CAUUAAGCCCCAUUGUUAAUCGAAAAGAAAAGAGUAAGCAGGCAGAGGGAGCCAAGAGCCUUCACACUCUCCCACUCCACUGCCCACUCCUCCCUUCUCUCUCUCGCACGCUCCCCCUCCUCGUCGCCUUUCGCCGCCGCCGUCCAUCCACUCCUCCACUGCCGCAAUCCCUAUCCCUCAACCUUUUCCACCCCCUUUCAGAGCUCCAUUACAACCGUCUUCCCGUAAUCCGCGUCCGCGGGCAGCAGAUUCUUCUCGGUUGCCCUGUUUCGCCCCCUUCUGUGUGUGUUCCUCGCAUUGGUUCUUGGCGCAGGAGAGGCAAAGGCCAGGAAAGGUGGUGGGUUCUUGUCCUUGGCCUCCAAAUCUCCCCCGUCAAAUUCGCCGUCUCUUCGAGGAAAGCGGCAGCCAUUAAUUAAUUUCUUGCGCCCGUUUCCUGGUUUUGAUGCUGAAGAAGAGGGGCUGAAAACCCCCACUUUUUCCUCGUGCACGGCUAAUUAAAGGCCGAAUUGAAGGAGAUUGUUAGCUCUGUGUGCGCGUGGGUGGGUAUCAUCGCCAUGAUUCAGCUUCUGUUCCUGGUUCUUUUCGCGGAGGGCGCGGUGGCGCUGCUGCUCAUGGUGAAGGUCGGGCCGCUGCGGGAGCUGGCGAUGCGGACGGUGGAGCAGGUGAAGACGGGGAAAGGCCCGGCCACGGUGAAGACGCUGGCCUGCACGCUCUCCGUCAUCUUCAUGUCCAGCGUCGCCAGCAUCCUCAAGAUCCAGAACAGGGGCCUCAAGCUCGGCACUGUCAGCCCCAUGGAUCAGGUGCUCUGGAGGACGCACCUGCUCGAGGCCUCCCUUAUUGGAUACACCCUAUUCCUCGCAUUUGUCAUUGACCGGCUGCACCACUACCUUCAGAAGCUCAUUACCCUGAGGAAAACAGCCAACACCUCCAGGGAGGAGGUUGAGAAACUCCAAAUGGAGAACCGAUCCUUCCGUGAAAAGGAGGAGAAAUCCUCCAGUGAGAUCAAGAAGCUUCAGCAGGACAUUGCCAAGCUGACCGAGGGCAUGAAGAAGAUGAAAUCCGAGUCUGAUGAUAACGAGAGGAAGGCGUUGGAGGCGGAGGCCCACGUCAACGCCCUGCAGAAGCAGUCCGAGGAGCUGCUCCUGGAGUACGACCGGCUGUUGGAAGAUAACCAGAUUCUACAAUCCCAGCUUCACUACAAAGGCUGAAUCAGUUAACUUUGGGCGAAUGUAACUGUCUCGAACUCGAAGUGCUCAUUGUGAGAACAGCCUUGAGCUGAUUCUUGGGGUCCUUCGCCCUCUCUUAUGGUGAUAUGGGUGGAUGGAAUGUGUAUUUUGUAGUUCUCUUCUUGCAGUUCGUUUUGAGGCACUAAAAGAGUCAGGAUGGGUGAAAAUGGAUAUGGGAGAAACAUCAGGUCGGCUCGGGCCGUUUUGGAACGCAAAAUUUGAUCUUAAAUUCCUGCAGACAUUUCAAACUACUUUUUGUAAAACUCUCCUGUGUUCCAAGCUUCAAAUGAGGUCAUAAAACCCGGCAUAUUUCCUCCUGGAGAAA